GUUAAAAGUCACAAACUGCGCCGAAAUUUAUUCAGAAAUUUAACGUCCUUUACACUGAACCGAACAUAUCUUCACUGAAUUCGUUUUUCAUCAACUGAAUGGAUCCUUUAACAUUUCUGGCGCUGUGCGUCUUCUGUUCAUUGGCUAAUUUGGGUCACCUUGUCCAAGCUGCUCCAGUCGCCGACCGACUACAACAAAUGACAACAGCUAUUGAGCCUUCCUUCAGUGAAGGACUGAUUCAUUUAUCCAACCUAUUUGAUUGUGUUAUGAACUAUGACGAAAACAUCGGCAAUAGUCAUGACGAUGAAAAUGCCACACUGCUCAUUCGAACGGCUCUUCAAUCAGCAUCGAAUUCGCUCAAUACGACGGAAAGUAUCUCAGCCCAACACUUGCAAAUGUACGAAGAGAACCUCUUCUCUUUUUCUGCUGAUAUCGCUGCAAAAGAAAAACAACUCCUAGUUCAAAAUAGAGAACUGAAACACUUGGCGAACGCGAUCAAUUAUUGGCGAUCAGAAGAGUAUAAACUGCGACAGUUAAUAGCAGAGCUUGACGCCAAGGCGAGUGAUGCCGAACACAAAGCCUACCGUGCUCAAAGAAAUGCCGACAAGAAAAAGAAGAAUAGAUGGAAGUGGAUUACGGCGACAGUCUUUACUGCCGGACUAGCGACGCCAGGACUUGUCAUCAACGAGAAAGACAUCAAGAAAUUGAGAAGAGAUCGCGAUGCUUGGAAGUCACAGGCGAAUGCACGACGUCACGAACUUAAAGUAGCUCAAAAUAAUCAUCGCGAAAUUGUAAGCCGGCAGAAGAACACCGAACAGUCCAUUCGAAACACACAGACCAGCCUUUCGUCCGCUCAAAUCUCGCUGGAGAAACUGCAGGAGGAUUACUUGGUUUUGAGUAGCCUUGGUGCUGAAAUGCGAAACAUUUCCACGUUCUUAUUUUCUUUGAACGGCGAGUUGAGCGUUGUCCACGGUCAGCAGCAAUUGAUGGUGCUCUUUCAACCCUUGCUCGAGUCCAUUGAUAGUUUGAUUACUUUUUUAGAGAGCAAUGUCAACACGAUAGUUUUGCUAGCUAAUAAUGAGGCCGUGACCAAAAUUCGUGGUUAUCUUUCUUCGUUCCAUGCCAAGGAAGUACCAACUGUUGAGAGCAAUUCUGAUCCCUCUUCCGUUGCACAAGACAAAAUUGAUCAUAGCAAUACGAUUUUUGAAUCUGAAUCUGCUGCUAAAAUCAAGGAGUUUCAGCUAGAUUCUGACGAUAGACUGAAGCAAUUUCAACUCGAUUCGGAUGCUAGAUUGGAGCAAGUGCAACUAGAUUCUGACGCAACAUUGCAGCAAUUGCAACUAGUAGUGUGGGCAUUUUAGCUUUUAAAAAAGGGGGGGGGGGGGUCCCGAAACGGAUUGUAAUAUGGUUUUUUUAUGAGACACCAGGCAAAACGAAGACGAAGAUUAGUAAUACUUAUUCCGUUAAAACAAUAGAUUUUAGGCUAUGGAAUUCAG